UGGCUCAACGGGCUGAGCCAUUUGAGCCAGGCCGAAAUCAGGACACACCUGAAUUUCCUCGGAUUAUUCUGGAACAAUCCAGCAUUUACUUCCUGACGAAGAAAAGUAAUUGAAAUAAUAGCAAAUUUGGAUUUCCACCCACAAAAUCCAUUGAGAACCAAAUUCUACAAAUUUGAAUCUGCAAUUGAUUGUGACGGGGAGGAGUUGAAGAGGACGAGAGAGAUGAACGGAGGAAGGCGAAGAGGUGGGAUGCUUCCGUUACUGGCGCUGCACGCGUUGAGCGAGUACUGCAGACUGGACAGAAAGCCGCCUGUCACGGCGGGGCUUAUAGCGGCCAACACCCUAAUUUACUUGAGACCUGGGCACUUCGAUCGGAUUCUUCCUACUCUUAAUGAGGUCUGGUUCAAUCCCCACCUCAUCCUCAAGCACAAGGAUCUGAAGCGCUUUCUCUUGUCAGCAUUCUAUCACAUUGGUGACUCUCACCUUGUUUAUAACAUGUUAUCACUAUUAUGGAAGGGAAUCCAGUUGGAGAAUUCUAUGGGAAGUGUUGAAUAUGCAUCUAUGAUUGCCACUUUAGUCGGUAUGUCCCAAGGAAUCACACUACUGCUAGCUAAAUUUCUUUUGCUUUUCGACUAUGAGAGAGCCUAUUACAACGAAUAUGCUGUGGGAUUUUCUGGCGUGCUCUUUGCCAUGAAGGUUGUCCUCUAUUCCCAGUCAGAUGACUAUACAUACGUUCAAGGGAUAAUGGUACCGUCUCGUUAUGCUGCUUGGGCAGAGCUUAUCCUCAUCCAAAUGUUUGUUCCGGGAGUCUCUUUCCUCGGCCAUCUUGGGGGAAUUUUUGCAGGCCUUCUCUAUUUAUAUUUACGAUCCUCAUAUUCGGGUCCUGAUCCCUUGACGAAGAUAAUCAGAGGCGUGACAAGUAUUCUAAAGUGGCCUUUACAAUCUGUCCUGGGCAUGUUUCGUUUUUCACGAAGGAGAAUUCAUGGUGCGGGGACUGUUGGUGGGAGUCGGUCGAGACUUGUAUCUGGUGUAUGGAGAUGUCAAGCAUGUACCUUUGACAAUUCAGAUUGGUUAAGUGUUUGUGAAGUGUGUGGGACACAUCGUGAUGGCUUGGAUACUCUUUCCCGUUCUGAUGACCUUACUCUAGAUGAAUUACGACAGCGAAGAGUUCAACGGUUUGGAAGAUGAGUUGCACAUUUUCCUUGCAAAUUUUGUCUGCUGAACUCGAUGUUAAUGGCAAACUAACUUUGGUAUUGGGCGGACGCCCGACGGAUAUGUAAAAGUCAUUUUUUUUUUCCAGAUUUGGUGGACACAUCACACUUUCCAUUCAGAACCCAAUUGUUAAGUUAUUAAUACGAACUGCAUUACAAAUUUUUAUCACAUCUAAGAAUCGAAA